AUGUCCGGCGGUGUCGUAUUUUUAGUUUGCAUACCUACGUUCAAUCACGAGCACGAGUUGAUCUUCGGCGAGCCCUUGAAACGAGCCAAGAAGAACGAGAAGCAAGGGAAAUCGGUGAUCGGGCCGAAAGUCGAUUUACGUCUCAGGGAAACGAGGACGAGAACUCAGCUUCUGAGGCUGAACGACGACGACGAGCUGAACGAUGUCGAUGUCAACGACGAUUCGAGAGGCAGGAGGUAUCUUCACGGUCGAGGACGCGGCAUUUCCGGUCAACGGGACAGAAACCCGGUGUUUGUGUCGAUGGAAACGGUCUUAGAGGAAUUGCUGAAGAAGCUGAAGGUGGAACACGUGGUCUGGUACAAGGACAGGAAAAACAUGUAUUAUGAGGUAAUAUUUCCGGUACCAGCUGGGGAACCAUGCGAAAAUUGCCUGCACUGUCUCACGGAAAUGGGAAUCGGCGUGAAAAUGAACUCCAUAGUAAGCGUAAUUCCGACUCAGUGCACGUACAGUGGCGUGGGGAACGUUGGAUCCAAGGCCAUCAAGGAUGAUAUUGCACGAAGACGAAAAGAGUCAGAGGACAGGAAAAAUGCUUGGAGAGGGUUCGUGGAAUCGAUACGAUCUAAAUUAACGGUGAAACAGGUCGUCGAUGGUGUUCGUAGCGGAGGUGAUCUUACAUUCGACUAUGUGGCACUGGUAUUAACUGCAGAUUGUCUGGCAGCACUGGGUCUUAUCGAGAACAGUGCAACCAAUGUCGUAGCCGCUAUGUUAGUGUCUCCUUUAAUGGGUCCGGUGAUGUCGUUAACGUUUGGAACAAUCAUAGCCGACAGAAAUCUUCAGUUUAUCGGUUUAAAGAGUUUGCUACUCGGAAUAUUCGUCUCUAUACUAUUCGGCUUUAUCUUCGGUCUAAUUCUGGGUACCACAGAGAUGCCUUGGGGUUACAACGACUGGCCAACCGAUGAAAUGAAAGGCAGAGGCAACUAUAGGUCCCUCUGGAUGGGCGUAUUAUGGGCGUUACCAUCAGGUACAGGCGUAGCCGUUGCUUUGUUGCAAGGAAGCAACGGUCCGUUAAUCGGAGUUGCUAUAUCAGCUUCUUUACUGCCACCGGUAGUAAAUUGCGGUUUAUUCUGGGCUCUCGGAUGUAUAUGGCUAAUUUAUCGACCGAUUAAAAUGCCUCACAUGAAGGGAGAGUCCUACACCGACUACAACACCUCGUACGUUUACGUGUACACCGAUUACCUGCCGGUCGAGUUCUUCUGCAACGGCAUAAUCAGCGCGUGCCUAACCUUUAUUAAUGUAAUGUGCAUCUUUAUCACGGCGAUCAUCGUGUUGAAGAUAAAGGAAGUAGCUGCACCGUAUACAUCAACACCAGAAUUACGCCGCUUCUGGGAACACGAUAUUCGCCUGGUCCGCGAUAAGAAUAUUUCACGAGAUAACAGCUCCCUAGACUCAAGUUUCUACGACGGGCUGAGCAAAACAAAACAACGCACGCUGGAACAAACGUUAAACGAGGCUGUACGUGAAGCCAUAGACGACGAAACAUUUCGGAAGGUACAAAGGUUGAGUUACGGCCCACACGGUCCAGAGGAGUUCACAUCGAAGCUCGGUCUUCAUACUAGCGGCGGUGUAAACAACGUUACAAAUAUUGAACAGAAAGGACAGGCUACGUCCAAUGGUUUAGUAAAUUCUGGAAGCACGAGCGAAGAUUUGGCCGCUCUUGAUCGAUUGAUUACGUGUCUUUUGCAACAACCGAACAACGCCACCUCCGGUCGUUUAGAUUCCUGGAGUCGAUCCCGUCGAGCAAGUGCACGCGGGUACAGGCAAUUACACAGCACAGGUAUCACUGCGGAAGGUGGUGAGGUUAGCUGUAACAUCGAUACAACGCCGCUUUAAUUGCAUAUUUACAUAAUUUCCAAUUGAGGUACAUUCGUUAAAUUGGCUGAUGCGUGUUUAGGUAACGAUCGAUCGAUAUAAAUGCCACAUUCCCGAUUCUAACACAAAUUUUAUUAAAGACAUGUAGUAUUGGAAAUUCUCGCCGCUACCUGCGCAGCCGUAAGGGACAACGGGCAACAAAAACGAGACGCGAAUCAGAGACACUUUUCCGAGGGGCCUCGGGCCUCGCGUCAAUUAUAUUCGGGAAAAAUUGAAAAUGGGAGGUGUGUAUGUACUAGGGUUGACGGGCAAUUGGCGACGAACAUGACCAAAUACGGUCAUGGAGCGAGUGUGAAAGUUGUGUGUAGUGGGAGGAAGUAAAAAAAAAAAAGGAAGGAUAAACUGAGUAUAAAUAGAGAGGGUGGCGAAUGGAAAAGAUUGUUGUCAUGGUUGUCGACGUCGUUGUAUAAAGAGUGUCUCGUAAAGAGUCGUCGAGCUUGUAUAUCGUGUUAGGUCAUUCAUAUUAAUUUUAUUCAUCUACUGUAAUAACUGUUAUUCACAUUAAAUAUAUUUAUAAACUAUUUUAUGAAAAAAAAAAAGAAAUCAACCUUUAAAGAUACCACAGA